AUGUCUAGGACAGCUACUGCAGCAGGACCAUCGACGUCGGCGCCCAACGAUGGCUCCCGAACUAUAACGAUCACCAACGUCCCAACCAACGAGGGCGGCGACGACAUUAUACCUGAGGAGGAUGGCCCAGUUGGAACGCUCAGACUGAGAGCAGCGCGGACGCGGACUGGACCAAGGGUGACAUGGGAUGAGGACGUUGUCGAUAACGAGCACGCUGGAAAGAAGAAAUCCAAAAUUUGCUGCAUAUUCCGACCAACAAGAGAUUUCGGAGAAUCUUCUUCCUCAGAUUCAGACUCUGACUCGUCUUGCGACCAUGACCAUGACCGGGAAGAGGGUCCUUCAGGGGAAGGUUCAAGUUCGAACAGACCACGGCAGGGGCCUAUGCAGAUCCACGAUUGUUGUGACUCAGACGACGAUAAAAACGCGUAUGAGCGACUGCCUAGCUAUCAGAGGAAGAAGAUAAAGGCUAAGCGGAGAGCAGCACUUCUACUUGUACAUUCGCUUAAUCCCAACCCGACGUGUACAUUAGCUUCCCGAAUCGAACAGCUGUUGACCCCCUUACAAACCGCCGUCUGCUGCAACCCCUGCUGCUUCCAAUCUCGACUACAAUCACUGGAUCGACGUCAGCUAGGUCAGUCAGCUUUUGAUCCAGCUCACCAUAUUAACCCGGAAGAUCUCGAUGUCCUUCAGUCGGCAUGA